UUAGGGUUUCUCCAUCGAUACAAAACUUCACACUCUUCUAAAACCCUAACUUUUUUCAGCCAACACUUAAAACCUCGCCAUCUUCUCUCAUUCUGUUUCUCUCAAAGUCUCUGUGAGCACCUCCCAGUUUAGGAAGGAAGGAAGAAGAAGAAUAACGGUAUAAACUUCUAUUAGGUGUUGCAGGGAUUUUAAUUUAAACAAAACAAAAAUGUUAGUAUUGUUUGAAACCCCUGCAGGGUUUGCCCUGUUUAAGGUUCUGGAUGAAGGAAAGAUAGAUCAAGUUGAGGAUUUGUGGAAGGAGUUCUCUACAUCAGAUGCAGCUAGAAAGAUUGUAAAGUUGAAAGCUUUUACAAAGUUUGAAAACACCUCUGAGGCUUUGUCCACUGCUACUUUACUUAUUGAUAGCAAACCAAGCAAGGGUCUUCGGAAGUUCUUGAAGGCUCAUUGCGAUGGAGAAAGAUUGGGAGUAGCUGAUUCUAAACUAGGAAAUGCCAUCAAGGAGAAACUGCAAAUUGAUUGCGUCCAUAACAACGGAGUAAUGGAGCUGAUGAGAGGUGUCAGAAGCCAGUUGACUGAACUUAUUUCAGGCCUUGGUGUUCAAGAUUUGGCUCCAAUGAGUUUGGGUUUGUCUCACAGUUUGUCCAGAUACAAGCUAAAGUUCAGCCCUGAUAAGGUGGAUACCAUGAUCAUUCAAGCUAUUGGUUUGUUGGAUGAUCUUGACAAAGAGCUUAAUACAUAUGCGAUGAGGGUUAGGGAAUGGUACGGAUGGCACUUUCCAGAGCUUGCAAAGAUUGUAUCAGACAAUAUCCUGUACGCCAAAGCAGUUAAGCUGAUGGGCAACCGUACAAAUGCUGCUGAUCUUGAUUUCUCUGAGGUCUUACCAGAAGAGAUUGAGACUGACUUGAAAGAGGCAGCUGUCAUCUCCAUGGGAACCGAGGUCAGUGAAUUGGAUCUGAUGAAUAUCAAGGAGCUCUGUGACCAGGUGUUGUCACUUUCCGAGUAUAGGGGUCAACUCUACGAUUACUUGAAAAGUAGAAUGAACACAAUUGCCCCAAAUCUUACUGCCCUUGUUGGAGAGCUUGUUGGAGCUCGUCUUAUCGCUCACGGUGGUAGUUUGUUAAACCUUGCUAAGCAACCUGGAAGCACUAUCCAGAUUCUUGGUGCAGAGAAAGCCCUCUUCAGAGCUCUUAAGACAAAACAUGCUACUCCCAAAUAUGGACUUAUCUACCAUGCUUCUUUAAUUGGCCAAGCUGCUGCUAAACUCAAGGGAAAGAUGUCUAGAACUCUGUCAGCCAAGACUGCAUUAGCCAUCAGAUACGAUGCUCUUGGGGACACUCAAGAUAACUCCAUGGGUCUGGAAAAUCGUGCCAAGCUUGAAGCACGGUUGAGGACUCUUGAGGGUAGAGACUUGGGUCAUUCUGCUGGAUCAACUAAAGGCAAGGCCAAGAUAGAAGUGCAUCACAAAGACCGGAAGAAUGGUACAGGAGCUCUCAUAACUUCUGCACAGACCUACAAUCCUUCAGCUGAUGCAGUACUAGGAACACCGGCACCUAUGGAAGUAGAGACAAAAGAACCAGCUGCUGACAAGAAAGAUAAAAAGAAGAACAAGAAAGCUGAGUUUGAGGAGAAAGAGGAGGAGGAAACACCUAAGAAAGAGAAGAAGAAGAAAAAAAAGGCUGCCGAAGCUGAACAGGGUGUUGAGCAAGAAGAUGGGGAGGGAAAGAAAAAGAAAAAGAAGAGAAAGCAUGAGGAAGAAGAAGAGGCAGAAGCACAAAGCCAGAAAAAAGACAAAAAGAAGAAGAAGAAGAAGAGUGAUGACUGAUGUUCGGGUGUGAUUGAAAAGUUCUUUACUGAAACUGGUGUUUCUGUGUGUUUAUGCAGUACUGGAAGAAAUAAUCUGCCAUUGAUCUGAAGUUGUAUCAAAACUGCCACCUUCACCUUAGUCCCUAUCGGCUUUGUUGCCAGGAAGGUCAUUUUCCCCCGACAAAUGAUGCUGCCAUUUUGAUCAAAAGCUGAAGACGUAUAAAUGAGUUCUCUUACUUUUUGAAAUCCUGCUUUGCCUUUCAUUAGUUGAGUAGGAACUGUUUUUUUUUCUUCUUCUUUUUUUUGUUGUUUGUUUAAUAGUUACUGUACUGAAACAGUUCUCUUUAGUAUUUGAGGAAGUAGGGUAGUUGAUUUAUAUAGUGAGGAUAUGCAAUGUAUAACUCUUUCCGACAACUUUUUGAGAUUUACUUGGCAUAUUUUAAAUUCAUCCAAUGUGUGAAGUUCCAGGUUA